CAUGAAGUUUAGGCCCGGCACGACUCACAAAUUAUUCGUGUUCGUGUCUGGCUGGCCCAUAUAUUUAGUGCACGUGCUUGUGUCGUGCUGUAACCGUGUCAUGUCGUGCUAGCUCAUGGACGGCCCAGCCCGGUGCCCACGUACACACUCGUAAUGUCGCCGGGUUUUUUGUCUUGUUGAACGCCGACACGCUUCCCCCCAAAACUUCAAAAAAGAAUUCAAAGAUGAAACGAGUUUGUUGUGCUCUACAAAAUGAGAUCAAUUUUUAAUAUAUUUCAAGGAACUUUUUUUCAUACCUCCCAUUACCAACUACAUACCAUAUAGUAACUUCUUCGUUUUUAAGUCAUUUUAAUUUGAAAAUGUUUACUCAGAAGGAACGAGUUCAUCAUGAUCUAUUGGAUCUACAAACUUCUGGGUAAAAAAAAUACAGAUAAAAAAUUAGCAUAUUUUACCACUUUUGUAUGUGGAUGGUAACUUGUGGUAAACAAUGAUGAAAGUCGUAAAUGAAUGUUAGUAUACUCCUACUAUCAUGUAUUCAACCUUCCUACAGUAUUGGUAUGUUUAUACCAUCAUAGUAUGCUUUCUUACCAUAUGGUAUUAAAUAGGAGCAUACCAUAUGGUAUUGACUGAUAAAAAAUGACUCGAUUUUUUUUUGUUCUAAAAAAGUAUCAAAGUUGAUAUCAUUUUAAAGAGCACAAUUAUUCUGAUUUAUCUAUGCAAAAAAAUUUAAAUUCCGACUUAAACGAGAGAGAAAUCGUUCGUUAAAGAUUAAAGGGGAAAAGAUAAAAAGGCUUUCUAUGAGAGAGAGAUGUUGAUGUCAUGCUAAUGUGGACGUGUUACUCAUGGUUACUCACCAUAAGCUUAAUCCGCUCCCGGUGAGGAGACGAGCAUUUGAGGUAGAUUGGUGGUUAUUUUAGGUAAAUUUUGGUUGUGAUUUUUUAUUUAUAUGUUUUUAUGAUACACUCUUUAAUUUGUAGUUGUAUAUUUGGAUUAAGACUAUUGUACAAAAAAUUAAAAAUAUUGAUAUCACCAUAGAAUUAACUAUUGUAAUUUACCAAUAACGAUUAAUUAUAUGAUAAGUUUGCAAGUCAUACACAUUGAUUAAUAAGUUUCUUUAUUUCAUAAUGUAGAAAGAAAUUGACUAAAAAUUGUGAAAAAAUAUUUUAAGUUAAUUUAAUAGAUGUGCAAGUUUUAGCUACAACUUAGGAGUAAGAACGAAGAAGUAACUAGAUACGCUAACUCGAACAACCUGAACCCGACCCGCCCGGAAAGAGCUAAAGCAUCACUUGAGCUUGAGCUUGUCCAUGCUUAUCUCUGUGGACCAAUCACCACAACAUCGUUCGGAAAGAGCAUAUAUUUUCUAUUGUUCAUUGAUGCCUACAGUAGAAAGAUAUGAGUUUAUUUCUUGAGGCAAAAAUCAUAUACAUUUAAAGCUUUCAAGAAAUUCAAGAUGCUCGUGGAGAAUGAAAGUUGUCGCUAAAUCAAAGCCAUGAGAUCUUAUAGAGGGGGAGAAUUUAUGCUGAAGAAGCUCAGCAGGUUCUGUGAAUAUCAAGGAAUUCACUAGUUUCUCACAGUCCUAAGAUCCCCACAGCAUAAUGGGAGUUGUUGAAAAGAAAAAAAGAAAUUGUACUCAACAUGGUGAGAAGCAUGUUGAAAAGCAAGAAUCUGCCAAGGGAGCUAUGGGUCGAGGCUGUUGAUUGUGCAGUCUACCAGCUGAACAUGUCACUGACAAAGAGUGUUCGGAAUCAAACACCUCAAGAAGCAUGGAGCGGAAGGAAACCCACAGCCUCUCAUCUCCGGGUCUUCGAAAGUGUCGAAUAUUUGCACGUACCGGAUCAAGAAAGGAAGAAGUUGGAUGAUAAAAGCAAGAAGUACUUAUUCCUUGGAGGCUAGGGACACUCUUAACAUUCUACGGGGCACAAGAUGUUUGAUUACGUGGAAGAGACACUUUUUUCAAAUUGUUUUUCAUUAUUAAGAAAGGAUAACAAAGAUAAAAUACGAGCUUGUUGAUCAUCAAUAGAGGCGUGGUAGUUGAUGAAGAAGCAACAUGAAACUGAACUGCUGAAACACAAAAGAAGACACUUGUAUCGAGCCCACCUAGUCACAGAGAGCCAGCCAGCCUAGAAGGAAGAUCAAAUGAAAGUCCAAGACAAUGGCCACAAAAAUAUAUACGUCUUGAAGAUCUUUAUGAUGCUACAACAUGCAUUGAUGAUGAUGAAUUGACACUAUACUGUCAUUUCAUUGAUAGUGAAACAUUGGAUGUUAAAGAAGUCAUCAAAGAUGAAAAAUGGAGAAAGGCUAUGGAUGAAGAAAUUUUUCAAAAAUAUUCUUUAUUUGCAUCAUUCAAAAAUGGAGAAAGGCUAUGUAUUAGAAAAUAUGAUGACUUUUAGAUAAAAUAAAUAAGAAACAUCUCUUUUCCAUGUGAAAGUGGGAUGCGGGUUAUUUGAGUGACAUGCAACCCCACAAAUAAGUGCGGGUAAAAAAAAGUAUCUACGAUCCACCCACAUCAAUCAUCAAUCCAUUGCAAUUUGGGUUAUUUGUGGGUGAAUCGAUAUCACCACGCAUUAGCCACCUACAUGCCCACCUGUAAGGUACAACUCAUCCGGCCAACUGGCAGGGUAAGAAACUAGUAAAACAUAAGGAUGGAUCAACUUGCCUUGCCUCGUAUGCGCACAGGCAAAGCAAUCAAAUCGGGAUUUUACAUAAAAUGAAAAUUUUGAGUAAAAUCAUAAUCAUAAAAUCGAAAAUUUUUAAAGUUUAUAUAGAAACAAACACCGAAUAAUAUUAAUAAGGUAAAUCAUGAAUAUCACAAAGACACAUAGUGAUAAUUUCUCAAGAUUAUUGUUCCAAUUCAACACAAAUGCAACCCAACUAAUUUGCAUCUAAAUUUAUAGAGUGGUUACUCAAAACAACAAAUUUGCAAUAGGGAGAUAAAUAAUUACAAGUACUUUGAUAUAAAAUUAUUAUUGUUCAUCAGUGCUUGUGUGUGAUGUACUAAUAUUUCAUUCGUUAUAUGUCAAUCAAAGGAUAGAUUUUGGCAACUUUUUUACAUGAUAACAAAUGAAUCUUUAAUUCAAUAACAAAGGACUAGAUGAUGUGAUAGAGAAGAAUAAAAAAAAGAUAUUAAC